AUGAGGCAGUUAGCACGGGCCAGGACUGAAGAUCUCUACGAAAAUGCCCUAAGGAAAUUAAAGGAUACGUGUGAAUGGAAGACGAAUACGAAAUUUAAAAGGUGGAUGGAGAAUACGUGGUUACGACACAAAAAGGUAAAAAAAGGAACAACUGCUACUGUAUUACCAUAUGAAUGCCCAAUCAAUUCUAAAAUCGGUGCAAUUGUGCUCAAACGAUUACUAUUUGAAGCAUGGGUGUUGCAGAACGAAAUUUUAAGGUACUAAUCCACUGUUUUUCAAGCGAAUUGAUAGCUACCCUAUUCUUUGAUAGCCACCCUCCCACAGGCAGUAUAUUUUAUGUUUUUUCAAGUGUAAAUAUUUAGACAGGACAUAUUUGUUCUUUACAGAGAUGGGUGUGGGCAUUCAGAAAGGAACGUCUGCUUGUUCAUGUUGGUACAAACAACGGUUUGGAACGUCAAAACGGGGCCUUCAAACACCAGUACCUAAAAACUCUACGAAAGCAUUCACUCAGUGCUAUGCUCACGAUUCUUGUAAAUGAAUUUCUUCCUGACAAAUAUGAAGGGUAAAUAUGAUAAAUAUAAAGCACUGUCAACAGUCCACCCUUGAAACAUUUAAAACAAUUGAGGUACUAUGUAAGUCUUGAGGUACUAUGUGAGCUUAAGAAAGCGACGUUUUCGACAAUUCACACGGGCAUAACGCGUACAGUAUAUAUAAUAGCGUCAGCAGUUCUUAUUAUUUUGAAACAGUCAAUAAAACCUGAAUAAUUCAGCCCGAGAAAUAAUCACACAACCACACACGUACCUUAACGACUGUGGUGACAAACAGUUCCCUUGCUUGGGCUCUCUACAUGUAAUAUCCUUGUAGGUGCCUUUGUAAGAAAUGAAAUAUGUUUAAAAAAUUUUAUCAUAAAUUGUACUAUAUACUCAAGAGGUCUAACAACGAAACUAGUUAACGCCAAUUAAUACAACGAGUGUCGAAAGGGAUUUUUAGAACUUUUAGUAUUUUAAAGAUUUAGCAUUUUAGCAUUUUAACAUUUCAUUACGCUUUUUAAGUGAUGCUUAGCAAACCUUUCUUGGCUAAAACUCGCGAAAUUUCACUAUAUGUAAUAUUACUGGCUAAGUGUUAUUUCGUAAUUUCCUUUUCUAUAAUUUCUGUUGCAGUUACAUUAAUGGGAACACUAAAUGUUCUACGGCAUACAAACGUUACAACAAACAGAUUCCAGCAUUUCUGCAUAACCGUCCUAGCUACCUGGUUGACCAUUGCAUGAAGAGACUUGUUAAUGCUGAGGAAAUCAAUUCUAUUAAUUUGGCGGAUGAUUCGAUCGGUGCAUUUUCAGUGCACAGUGAAACGGGAAGUCACAGCUACAAUGUAUACUUUAGGGCGCCUCAAGAUAAUGAAAUACUAAGCUGCGAGUGUAUUGACUGGCAAAAAAAUUACUUACCCUGCAAGCACAUAUUGGCGGUCAUCCAAAACAAGAAAUACGACAAUUGGAAGUGGGAAAAUUUGCCAACAGAAUAUAGAGAAUCUCCUUUUUAUACCUUGGACAUCGAUAUACUGUUUAAACCAAUUGACCAUACCUUAGACAAAGUUGAUAAGAAUCAGCAGGACUGCAGUAUGCAAACUGGUACCCAAAACCCUGAAAGGACAACAGAGGAAGUUACCACCACAGAAACUAUGACAGCUGAACUUCCAAAACCAGCGUUUCCUAAACGAACAGCUGUUACUAGAUGCUGUGACCUCAUAUCAAGGAUAAAAAACUUGGUUUAUGAGUGCACCAAUUCGACAUCAUUGGCCAAUCUAGAGAAAACUCGUCUCACAGCAUUUAGGGAGUUGGAGGACAAUAGUAACACCGAUGAAGGUUUAACACUUACAGCACCUGACACUAGUGUCAGUUCAACUAAACGUAAGAAACGCAAACCAAGCAAAUCUGACAAUCAGCUAAAGAAGAAAUUAAAAUUGUCCAAGCUAAAAUCUGUUCCGGCAAAGAAGAAGCAUCCUUUUAACAAAAGAGUUGGUCAACGUGCAGCAAUGAUGAAGAAAUUUUUUAAAACAGACUUGUCCCUGACAGAAAUGGAAAAAGCUCAGUCAUCCUGUAAUGAUACCUAUACAGUUGAGUCUUCAGCACACUAUACAAACUUUACGCCAAUAAUAAGAGAAGGUUCAUCACUAACGGCAACACUGCUUAAGAAUGGACCACACUCUGUAUCUCUGCUGGAGGUUAAGUCAUUAGAGCCAUUUUUACCCAGAGGAACACAGGUGUUGCUUAGCAGUGUAAGUGAAACAACAUUCAUACCUGGUUGGUUAUAUGAUGAAAUAAUUAAUUCAUUUUUCUGGUGCCUGCAAGAAAAAUAUUCAAAUGUUCUAUAUGCAGAUUCCACAUCAAUGCUAUCCCUUCAAAAUGGUAGUCGAGCGGGAAGGCUUUGGGCAGAAAAAGGAACUGAAAAGAUAGAAUUUAUCAUUGCUCCUUGGAAUCCAAGCAAUUAUCACUGGAUCCUUGUAGCUAUAGAUCUUCUACAGAAGAAGAUGCUUUAUGUGGAUCCAUUGAAUUCAGCUACAGAGAUCCAAAACAGUGCACACAUGCAAAUCCUGGUAGAGUUUUUGCCUUCACUUCUUGAACGAAAGUUUGGUGUAUCUGGGCUUCAACUCAUCUCUCCACCACACACACUCCAACCUGAUUCCUCCAGCUGUGGGGUUCUGGUUUGCUGGUAUGCCUCACAGUUUGUCCAAGGAAAGUCACUGAUUGACAAUUGUGAUACAUAUGCUAUGCGUGUUGCCAUUUACAAUGAAAUACGAGGAACUUGUUUAAGGCGACGCUCAGGAUCUCGACACUUAGAACUAUCCAAAUGUCCACUUUGCAGAGCCCCAGUUCUUGAAGAUGAUGAAAAGUCAGAAUGUAGAAGAUGCUGUCAAUGCUACCAUUUAUCAUGCAUCUCAUCAGAACAACAGCCUGCAAGAAACAUCCCACACUUUCACUGCCCACCUUAA